UACGUGUGUGCCAAAUAUCGCCUGGAGUGAACACAAUCUGGGUAAACAGUGAUUGAUUUAUCAUGUUUUAAUAAGAAACGUUGUCCUUUAUAUCCACAUAUGAUAUUUACAAUGUUAUCCAGUAUCAAAGACAAUACAUAUGGGUGGAUUAAAAGAUUACGAGCUGCAUAGAUUAUUACAUGACAUCAUACAGACAUCACGUUGAUAAGAAGAUGAUAAUGAUGACUUCCUGGGUUAUCGACCGUAGUAAAGAAGUGGGAAUUGUGUUUAUUCUCAUCCAUGUUAUCGCAUCACAUCCGGCUGAUCGGAUUGGAGACUUCCUUGUUCCAGAGGAAAUGUCAGACGACAUCUCUAUUCACGGCGGAGUUAAAAUGGGAGUGCUUGACAACAACUGUGACAAUGGAAAAGACCGACUAUACGUUGACCUCGCCCAUAUGGAUGAAAUGAUGCGAAUAUGUCCGGCCAGACUGUCUGUACCCCAGUGUCGACAUAGGAAACGAGGAAUAUCGGCCACAACACAGGUCUCCUGCAAGAAACCAGCGCCGAUCUGCACCAAACACGCUGACAGACCACUACACGAAUGUAUGGAUAAAGCAAUCGUUUAUAAAGAGCCUGUCCCAACCAGUGGUGCCCAUCGACCUAUCUGGCCUGUGUAUGGUGAAUAUUACUAUAUCCCCCCUCAAAGAUGGAUACAUUCACUAGAGCACGGGGCCGCCGUUUUCUUAUACCAUCCAUGUGCAGACCUACACCAACUGGAUAUCUUCCGGAGUUUAGCUACAACUUGUCUAAGACGUCAUAUCAUCACCCCGUACAACCUCACUCAGACAAAGCCGUUCGCGAUACUGACGUGGACAUGUCGGCUGAUGUUGGACAGAGUGGAUAUACAUAUACCUGCUGCAGUGGACUUCAUUAGGAGCACGGCAUUGGAUACCUAUGAAAGUAAAGUGUAUCAAGAUGGCCAGUACAGCUUUCUCCUCAAAACACCUGCCGGCACCGUGACAGACAAGCGGGAUUUGCACGUCUGCCCUAGUUAUAGGCCUACAAGGCGAUUAGCAUGAUUUAUAUCUGUCUUUUUUUAUUAGCAACCGAUAUUAUUUUUAGCUAUUUACUCGAUAGGGAAAACUUGAACUACUGUAAAAUGCAUUGUGAUCAAUCUUGAAAAUAAAUUCAAAUUAACACAUGUGUGAACAUAUACUUUUCUUACUAUGCCUUAAACGUUUGCUACAAUAAAAAAGACAUUGUGCACCACAA